AAAAAAACUCACACAAGCGAAACGACGGCGAGAAAAGCAGCGAGGGAAAAGUAGAGAGGGAAGGGAAAGCGAAAAGCCUGAUGAAAAAACUGGACACUGAAAAGGGAGCCAACCAAAGACCAGAGUUUUCACUUUAAAAAAUGCCACUCCAUAAAUCAACCAGGGCUCCUCGCCUGGACCCGACCAUGAUCUCGGCCCCCCUGGGAGACUUUCGCCACACCAUGCACAUAGGCAGGGGAGGGGACGCGUUCGGCGACACGUCCUUCCUGUCCACUCUUGGCCCGAGCUCGGCCUCCGCUGACCUGGGCAGUGCAGAGAAGGACCAAGCUGCCGGCCCCGAGGGGGCCGCCAACCACAGCAGCCUUCAUCCAGACGAUCUUGAUGGGUCACAGAGCGAUGAGCUUCAGCACUCCGAGUCCGUGUCUUCAUUCACCCUGGACCUGGACCUGGACUUGGGCCCGUCGAUGCUGGGGGAUGUGUUGGGGGUGAUGGAUGGUUUGGGCCUCAACUCCAAUGAAGAGGAUGUGUACAGCCCCAGGAGCGACACAUCCAUAGUGGAAACAAAACAGGGCAAAGGGGCCACGGAGAUCUCUGUGAACAUGCAGAACACGCUGAAUGGGAAGAACUCGGUUGGGUCGGAUGAGAACCAGGUGGGAGAGAACAGGACACCAGAUGGGAAUGCGAUCAAGCCAAAGGGGUUACGACCAAAAGUGAGAUUCAGUGACAAGCGAGAGGAGAUCAUUCGUCAGGCAUCUGAGGAGGAAGAGGGUCAAGGGUUUGACUUCCAGGAUGAGGAUCAGUCGGCGUGUUAUAGCCCGGCCGCCGCUGAGGGCGAGACGGGCAGGAGCCCGGUAGGAGGAGGUCAGCCCGAGUUCACUAAUCAUAAAGCAGAUUUGCCGCCUAGUCCUGCAUCGUCACAUAGCUCGGAGUAUGAAGGAGUCACUCCACUGGACAGGAGGAGGGUUGACAGCUGCCACUCAGAGACUGAUUCAGAAGACGAGGAGGAAGCGGGACGAGGCUACACGUUUGAAGACGAGUUCGACGACGAAAUCGGUCUAUAGGAGAGAUGUACGACGUGGCCCAUGAACACAGACCUUUGCUGUAGUAAUCAACCAUACUGUACUCACCCCAACACUUUCAAUGGAAGACUUAAUCAGAAAGUUCAAGAACACAAACUGGAUUGAUCCAAAGUCAUUAAGACGCUGACAGUCAAGACGAUGUUGCUCAACUGGAAAAGACAUUCCUUUGGUUUUAUCUACAAGGGUAACAGAAUUGUAAAAGACUUUCUGGUGAUAAAUCAUUGUGUAAUUUAGAUUUUUACAGUCACGUUUGUGGCACUUUGAUUCUUUUUAUUCACCCGAAAACUUUGCUACCAAACUGAAGCUUAAGUUCGAUUCAGACUAAAUGAAUGAUAAUUUAUACUUUAUAUUUGUCCUCCAUUCUGUACGCGGGAGAUGCUGUUUUAAUGAAAAACCCUAAGUGCCUUAAAGACAGCUAAAUGUCUGCAUUAUUGUACGCUGUGCUAUAUCCCUGUCUCCAUAGUUAGUCCUCGUAUUGCAUGUCUUUAUGUCUCAUUUUGUUGUCAUACAUUUGAAAGAAAAGCUUUACAGUGGGUCCUCAGAGACAACCCGUAAUGAAAUUACUGUGAAUAUGUCACAUUCCAAAUCUGACAAUGUGAGCCUCUCUGGUUUGGACCAGAUCACAUGUCUUCCGACUUCAGUUGGAUUUUAUUUUUGCAUCUUAUCUGAACUUCAGCAAAUCUUUCCUUUGGGCUGUGGGACUGUGUUGAUGCCGAAAGGCAAAGACAAUCACGGGAUUAUUAAAUCACAAUCAGCAGUGUAUUUUUGUAUAUUUUAUUUUGCAUGUACAAUGCUGUUUUAUUUUAUGUCAUGAAGCUGUAAAAGGGAGAUACUUUCAUGCUCAAGUGUUGAAAAUGCUGGUUGGAAUACAUUCUCUUUUGUUUCAUCAGGAAUACAGAAAAAAUAAAGUAAUUAUUGGGAUUA